GAUAUGGAGUAGGCUGAGACAGAGGCCAGACGUGUCUCAGGAAUUUCAGCUGCGGUGGUGUGCUGAGCAAAUGGACACCAUGUUUAAAUAGUGUGUCCUGAAUUGCUUUAAUUUGCUUCUUAUUUUGUAAGCCAUUGGCUGGGUUUUCUGUCCUUUCAGAAAUCAGCAGCUUCUUAUGAAAUAUGGAGCUGUUUAAAAACAGACAGCAGCUGCUCCAUCCUUGCGUCAGCACGGGCUCGGCAGAAGGAAGGGGAAUGGUAGACGGUUGUUUAGCUGUGAUAUUCUUCCCCUCAUUGCUGUUGUCAUAUUGUGUUAACAGAAGGGCUGAUCAAAUAUACACCAGCAAACUGUAGCACACCGUGGGAAGCACACACACGAUGAAGAGGAGCUCCCUGCUCUCCUAAGCCUUUGCUGGUGAUUUGGAAGCAGCCCCUGCUCCUGCUCCUUGGCCAUGUCUGGCUCCACGCAGCCCGUGACGCAGAGCUGGCGGGCGGCCGAGCCGCGCUACCCGCCGCACGCGCUGUCCUACCCGCUGCAGAUCGCCCGGCCCCACGCGGACGUGGCACUGCUGGACUACCAGCAUCAUUCCAGGGAUUUCGCGUCCCACCUGGCGCCGGGGUCGAUCAUGCAGCCGCAGCGGCGGCGGCCGUCCCUGCUCUCCGAGUUCCAGCCGGGCAACGAAAGAUCUCAGGAGCUGCACCUGAGAGCCGAGGGCCAUUCCUAUCUCUCUGAGCUGGCCAAGCCAUCGGACUUGGAGUUCAUAGAGACCAAGAGGCCACGCCUGGAGCUGCUGCAGGAGCCCCUGCUGAGGCACUCGCCCCUCCUGAGCCAGCAGGGGGGCACGGAGGAGCUCUCCAAGGAUCGUGGCCUGCCUGGCAAACUGGAGCCCGUGUCUCCUGUGAGCCCUGCCCACCCUGAGCCCGAGCUGGAGCUGCUGCCAGCCCGGCUCUCCAAGGAGGAGCUCAUCCAGAACAUGGACCGCGUGGACCGCGAGAUCACCAUGGUGGAGCAGCAGAUCUCCAAGCUGAAGAAGAAGCAGCAACAGUUGGAGGAAGAAGCAGCCAAACCACCAGAGCCUGAAAAACCCAUCUCUCCCCCUCCUAUCGAGUCCAAACAUCGCAGCUUGGUGCAGAUCAUCUACGACGAGAACAGGAAGAAGGCAGAGGCUGCCCACCGGAUCCUGGAAGGGCUGGGUCCCCAGGUGGAGCUGCCGUUAUACAACCAGCCUUCAGACACCAGGCAGUACCAUGAGAACAUUAAAAUAAACCAGGCAAUGCGGAAAAAGUUAAUUUUAUACUUUAAGAGGAGAAAUCAUGCGCGCAAACAGUGGGAACAGAAGUUCUGCCAGCGCUACGACCAGCUGAUGGAGGCCUGGGAAAAGAAAGUGGAGCGCAUCGAGAACAACCCGCGGCGGCGCGCCAAGGAGAGCAAAGUGCGCGAGUACUAUGAGAAGCAAUUCCCCGAGAUCCGCAAGCAGCGCGAGCUGCAGGAGCGCAUGCAGAGGUUAGAGGAGAAGCGGGUAGGACAGAGGGGCAGUGGCGGGCUCUCCAUGUCGGCCGCGCGCAGCGAGCACGAGGUGUCCGAAAUCAUCGACGGCCUCUCGGAACAGGAGAACCUGGAGAAGCAGAUGCGGCAGCUCGCCGUCAUCCCGCCCAUGCUGUACGACGCCGACCAGCAGCGCAUCAAGUUCAUCAACAUGAACGGCCUCAUGGACGACCCCAUGAAGGUCUACAAGGACCGGCAGGUGAUGAACAUGUGGAGUGAGCAGGAGAAGGAGACCUUCCGGGAAAAGUUCAUGCAGCACCCCAAGAACUUCGGCCUGAUCGCCUCCUUUCUGGACAGGAAGACCGUGGCUGACUGUGUCCUCUAUUACUACCUGACCAAGAAGAAUGAGAACUACAAGAACCUGGUGAGGAGGAAUUACCGGCGGCGCGGGAAGAGCCAGCAGCAGCAAAUGCCCCGGAGCAGCCAAGAAGAGAAAGAUGAAAAAGAGAAAGAAAAAGAGAAGGAGGGAGAAAAGGAAGAAGACAAGCAGGAAGCAGAAAAUGACAAAGAAGAACUGACAAAGGACAAGAACGACGACACAUCCGGAGAAGACAACGAUGAGAAAGAGACGGUCACGUCCAAAGGGCGCAAAACCGCCAACAGCCAGGGCCGGCGCAAGGGCCGCAUCACCCGCUCCAUGGCCAACGAGGCCAACAACGAGGAGGCAGCCACGCCCCAGCAGAGCGCCGAGCUGGCGUCCCUGGAAAUGAAUGAGAGCUCUCGCUGGACCGAAGAGGAGAUGGAGACAGCUAAAAAGGGUCUCCUUGAGCAUGGGCGGAACUGGUCGGCCAUUGCCAGGAUGGUGGGCUCCAAGACCGUGUCGCAGUGCAAAAACUUCUACUUCAACUACAAGAAGAGGCAGAACUUGGACGAGAUCCUACAGCAGCACAAACUGAAAAUGGAGAAAGAAAGGAACGCCAAGAGGAAGAAGAAGAAAGGCGCCGCUGUUCAGAACGAAGAGGCCGCCUUCCCUCCCGCAGCCGAGGACGAGGAGAUGGAGGUGUCGGGGACGAGCGGCAACGAGGAGGAGAUGGCAGAGGAGGCAGAAGCUGCAGUAAAUAACAGCUCCGACACCGAGAGCAUUCCCUCGCCAAGGCCCGAAGCCAAAGAAGGAGGCGAAAACGGGGCCAAGGCACCACCCGGGCCGGGAGGUGACGCCGGCACAGAGCCGGCAGUCAAGUGGGAAGAGGCUCCAGCACCCCCCGAGGCUCCCCCUGCUCCCCCAGCCAACCCCGCUCCUGCUGCCAGCCCCCAGCCAGACACAGCUCCAGAGGCACCCAGCGCCGAGGAGAAGCCGGAGGAGCUGGUGGUGGACGUGGUGAAAACGGAGGAGCCGGAGGAGAAGGCGAGCGAGGAGCCCUGCAAGAGUGAGGUGAAGAAGGAGGAGAGCGAAGAGAGCCAGGAGAAGGACAAGGGGAAUGACAAGAAGGUGGAAAGCGGCGCCGGCAGCGCGGGGCCGGAGGGGCCGGCCAAGGCCGAGAAGAAGGAGAGCCACAAGGGCGGCAAGGGCGGCGGGGUGAACCCCGACAGCGACUCCAGCGCGACCUGCAGCGCCGACGAGAUGGACGAGCAGGAUGCUGUGGACAAGAGCAGGUUGCUGUCCCCCCGGCCCAGCCUGCUCAGCUCCUCCAGCGACACCAGGCUCAACUCCUCGCCGCAGAAGCCGCUGGACCUGAAACAGCUGAAGCAGAGAGCUGCUGCCAUCCCUCCCAUUAUUUCGGAAGGUUUCUCGGAGGGGGUUCUGCAGAGUGGAAGUGCGAAGCCUCAGGUGCCUCCCCACGCCUUGGCUCUCUACCAGCAGCAGAUCACAAAAGCCCACGAGUCUGCCCGCGAGGACGUGCCCCCCAGCAAGCUCUCCCAGCCCCAGCAGCAGCAGGCUGAGAAGGAGCAGCAGCAGCCCAGCAGCAGCCCCAGGGGGAAGAGCCGGAGCCCCGCUGUUGGUGACAAGGAAGAGAAGUCCGUGCAUUUCUCAGCCAUUGCAGAGGCUCAGAAGCUGAGUGCUGAGUCGAUGGCUGCCUCCUGCUGGCCCCCUGUUCUCUCCUAUCCCCGGGAUGUGAUCAAAACUUCUCCCCAGGCAGAGCCCCACUUGUUCCAGUAUAACCCACCAGGACACCCCAUCCCUCUCAACCUGCAUGAGAGCUCUCGCUCAGGGCUGCAGAGAUUAGCCAGCAUCUCCAACCCUCCUCCCCUCAUCUCCUCCACCAAGCACCCCUCCGUGCUGGAGAGAUCCGUGGGAUCCAUUUCCCAGGGAAUGCCCAUCCAGCUCCACACACCCUACAGCCCCGAGCACGCCAAGGUCCCCGUCGGCUCCAUCACCAUGGGCCUGCCACUAACCAUGGAUCCCAAGAAACUGGUGCCUUUUCCUGGAGUAAAGCAGGAACAACUUUCUCCUAGAAGCCAGGCCAGCCAGCCCGAAAGUCUGGUUCUGCAGCCAUCCCAGGAGGGCUCCAUCCUGCGGGGUACUUCCCUCAGCUCUGCCUCGGGAGGAAGCAUCACCAAAGGAACACCCACGUCCCGACCCCCUCCGGAGUCGCCCAUCACCUACCGAGGGUCCAUCACACACGGCACCCCGGCAGAAGUGCUGUACAAAGGAACCAUUACCAGGAUAAUCGGAGAAGACAGCCCCAGCAGGGCAGAGAAGGCGAGGGAGGAUGCCGUGCCCAAGGGACAUGUCAUCUACGAAGGGAAGAAAGGCCACGUGCUGUCCUACGAGGGUGGAGUUGCUGCUUCUCAGUGUCCCAAAGACGACAGCAGGAGCUCGGGAGCUUCCCACGAGACCACAGGAACCAAGCGGACCUAUGAUAUGAUGGAGGGGAGGAUCAGCAGGGGCUUGUCAGCCCGUGAUACCUUAUCUACCAGCAUUGAAGGUCUCAUGGGUCGAGCAAUCCCUCCAGACCGACACAGUCCCCAUAACCUGAAGGAGCAGCAUCACAUGCGAGGCUCGAUUACACAAGGAAUACCUCGGUCCUAUGUGGAGGCCCAUGAGGACUACCUCAGAAGAGAAGCCAAACAGCUCAAGAGGGAAAACACUCCACCAAGGGACUUAUCUGAUGCCUACAAGGUCAGAUCUCACGAUCUGACUCCUCUGAAAAUGAAAUCAGCCCACGAAGACCUGGUAGCCACAGUGAAAGAAGCAGGAAGAUCAAUCCAUGAGAUUCCCCGGGAGGAGCUGAGGAGGACACCAGACAUCUCUCUGACCAGGCCUCUGAAGGAAGGUUCCAUCACGCAGGGUACCCCUCUGAAGUACGACAGCGGCUCUUCCUCCUCGAGUACCAAAAAGCACGACGUGCGCUCCAUCAUCGGCAGCCCCGGCAGGACCUUCCACUCUGUGCAUUCCCUGGAUGUCAUCCAAGACCCCAGGAACCUGGAGAGAGCUUACGAGGAGAGCCUGAAAAACAGGCCGAGCCCUGUGACAAACUCGGGCGGCUCCAUCGCCAGGGGGGCUCCUGUGAUUGUACCUGAGCCGGGCAAGCCCCACCAAAGUGCCCUGGGCUACGAGGAGCACCAGGCAGGGCACGGCACGGCCUUCAGCAGCCACCUGCACCGAGGCUCUCCGGUCUCCACGCGGGAGUCCACGCCACGGCAGCACGAAGGGAGCAUCACUGCUGGGAAGCCGGUGUCCCAGGACAGAAAGAUCCCCCCCACAUCGAGAGAGCUCAGCAACUCCAAGUCCCCGCACGCCCCCGUGCCCGAGCACCACCACCCCAUCUCCCCGUACGAGCACCUGCUGCGCGGCGUCAGCGGCGUGGAUCUGUACCGCGGGCACAUCCCACUGCCCUUCGACCCCGCCGCCAUCCCCAGGGGCAUCCAGCUGGAAGCAGCUGCUGCUUACUACCUGCCGAGGCACCUGGCUCCGAGCCCCACGUACCCACACCUGUACCCCCCGUACCUCAUCCGGGGCUACCCGGACACGGCGGCCAUGGAGAACCGCCAGACCAUCAUCAACGACUACAUCACGUCGCAGCAGAUGCACCACAACGCGGCGGCCACGGCCAUGGCGCAGCGGGCGGACAUGCUGCGCGGGCUGUCGCCCCGGGAGCCCUCCCUCGCCCUCAACUAUGCAGCAGGCAUCAUCGACCUGUCCCAAGUGCCACACCUGCCUGUCCUCGUGCCCCCUACCCCUGGCACCUCUGCCACCACCAUGGACCGCAUCACCUACAUCCCUGGACCCCCCCAGACCUUUGGCAGCCGGCACAGCAGCUCCCCGCUCUCCCCAGGAGGGCCCACGCACGUGACCAAACAGUCGGGAUCGUCGGUGUCCGAACGGGAACGGGAGCGGGAGCGGGAACGAGAGAGGGAGCGUGAAAAAUCCAUCCUAGCCUCCACCACAGUGGAGCACGCGCCCAUCUGGAGACCAGGUACAGAGCAGUCCAGCAGCCGCUCGUCCUCGCACUCCCACAGCCACCAGCACUCUCCCGUGUCCCCCCGCACCCACGAGACCAUCCAGCAGCGCCCCAGCGUGCUCCACAACACGGGCAUGAAGAUCAUCUCCUCGGAGACCCCCACCCCCUCCGUCCUACGAUCCUCCUCCACCACCACCACGUCACCCAUCCGCUCUGCCGCCUUCCCCUCGGCCUCCGCCCUGCGCUCCUCGCUCGGCGCUGCCGACGGCUACGCCGCCCCUCUGGAGCCAGCCCUCCUGCAGAAAGAGGCCUCCAGGGCCCGGGAAACCAAGGCAGAGCGAGCCCAGACUGACAACAACGUCUACACCUCAAAGCUGCCCAGCGGGGCCAGCCUGGAGCAGUCGCCUUCGCCCAUUAAAGCCAUGGAGUCGAGACCUUUGCCCGCCUCCUCCGGCUCCUCCCACCACUAUGGCAGGGGACAGGGGAAAAGCCAGCAGCACCACCACCCUCUGGACCAGCAGCACGCAGCCUCAGGCUCCGAGCAGCACAGCAGAGAAAAGAGUCAGAGCAAACGCUUCAUGCAGGAGCAGGAGCUCCGGGCACUCGGCUUUCAUGGAGGCUACAGCCCUGAGCGGAUGGAAGCCGUGAGUCCCGUGAGCUCGCCCAGCCUGUCCCACGAGAAAGGGGCCAAGCUGCUGCAGGACACAGACAAGGGCCACGGGGAGCACGACCCGAGGCAGAAGCAGCAAGGCUCGCUGAAGGCUCCCGAAGGCGCCCACCUGCAGCACCCCCAGUGCCAGCCCCUGCAGUCCAGCCAGAGCAUCAAGGGCAUGAACCAGCGCGUGGUCACGCUGGCCCAGCACAUCAGUGAGGUGAUCACGCAGGACUACACGCGCCACCACCCGCAGCAGCUCAACUCGCACCUGCAGGCCCCGGUGUACUCGUUCCCCGGCGCGGCGUGCCCGGUGCUGGACCUGCGCCGCACGCCCGGCGACGCCUUCCUGCAGCAGCAGGAGCACCCCGCGGCCUCGCGCGGCUCCCCGCACGGCGAGGGGGGCAAGCGGUCCCCAGAGCAGGGCAAGGCAGCACCAGGGGGCCCUGAGAGCUGCAUCGAGCCCGUGUCUCCACCGGACGGCGUGGGGGAAGCCGAGCACGCCAAGAGCGCCCCGUACCCCGUCCUGUUCCGAGAGGGAGAGCCCAUGGACCAGAGGAUGGGGUCCAAGUCCCCAGGAAACAACACUCAGCGUCCAGCUUUCUUCAGCAAGCUGACUGAAAGCAACUCUGCCAUGGUGAAGUCCAAGAAGCAGGAGAUCAUCAAGAAGCUCAGCACGACCAACAAAAACGACACGGAGUACAAUGUGGGGCAGCCUGGGACAGAGAUUUUCAACAUGCCAGCGAUUACUGGAGCAGGGCUAAUCAGUUGUAGGAGCCAGUCGGUCCAAGAGAAUUCCAGUACCAACAUGGGGUUGGAGGCAAUAAUUAGGAAAGCCCUAAUGGGUAAAUAUGACGAGCAGUGGGAAGAGCGCUCACCUCUCAGUGCCAAUGCUUUUAACUCUCUGAAUGCCAGUGCAAGCCUGCCCGCUGCUAUGCCCAUAACUCCUGCUGAUGGACGAAACGAGGACGUGCGCUCCUUGCCAGGAGGAGGGGGGAAGCCAAAGAUCGCUGCCAGACCCAACAGCCGCAAGGCCAAGUCCCCGGCGCCGGGGCUGCCCUCGGGCGAGCGGCCGCCCUCCGUGUCCUCCGUGCACUCGGAGGGAGACUGCAACCGCAGGACCCCCCUGACCAACCGCGUCUGGGAGGACAGGCCCUCCUCCGCAGGCUCGACGCCGUUCCCCUACAACCCGCUGACCAUGCGGCUGCCCAGCGGGGUGGUGACGGCCGCGCCCAGCGCGCCCCUGCCGCAGGGCGCCCCCGGCAGCCAGCACCACGCCUGGGACGAGGAGCCCAAACCCCUGCUCUGCUCCCAGUACGAAACCCUUUCGGACAGUGAAUGAGAGGAGCCAGGGAGGGAGACGGCGACCAAACCCGGGGCACAGGGAGCCAGCGGGACACCGGGGCGAGCGCCCGCCCCCGGCCCGCCGGCUCUCACGAGCGAAGAUGCAGGAGCAGAGCUAUUUCAUUUUUCCCUUCUCCUUAUUUUUUUUUUCCCCUUCCCUCCCAACCAGCCAGGUGGGGAUGAUGGUUUUGUUUUUAUUUUUAAUUUUUGCUUUGGUUUUUUUUUUUAAUUUUCUUUGAGGUUUUUUGUUUUUUUUUUUUUCCUUUCUCAACAUCUGGAAAUUUCUGCAUCCUCUUCGGUCUGAUAUAGAGAAAAAAAAAAAAAGCCUUAACGAGACAAAACCCAAGGAACCCAUCUUCGAUCUUGGCAGCCGUGCUGGGCUGGAGAGGGACCGUGAAUGGCCGUGUGUCUGUCCAGAGUGGCCAUGUGUCCAUCUGGAGCGGCCGUGUGUCCAUCUGGAGUGGCCGUGUGUCCAUCCGGACGGCCGUGUGUCCAUCUGGAGGGCCGUGUGUCCAUCUGGAGGGCCGUGUGUCCGGAGCGGCCAUGUGUCCAUCUGGAGGGCCGUGUGUCCGGAGCGGCCGUGUGUCCAUCUGGAGGGCCGUGUGUCCGGAGCGGCCAUGUGUCCAUCUGGGGGCCGUGUGUCCAUCUGGAGGGCCGUGUGUCCGGAGCGGCCGUGUGUCCAUCCCGGGGCCGUGUGUCCAUCCCGGGGCCGUGUGUCCAUCCUGGCGCUGCUCGGACACUGCACGGAGCGAGGCGCUGCUGGACGUUCCUGCGGAGUUGGCCCCGGACCCGGCCAUGGGGAUGUGCCUCAGAAUUGCAAAACCUUGAGCGGGUUAAAGAAAAGAUUUAAAACAAAAACAGAAAAACAAACUGUUGAGGAGUGAAACGGGACAGAAGGCCCCAGGUCGGUUCCCUGGCUCAUCCGAGGGCAUUCCCGUGCCACCAGACGUAUCAGCCCUGGACACGCUUGGAACGUGGCUGGGAGGAGCGGGCAGGGGAGGGAGUGAAGAGCUGUUUCUUAAAAAAAAUCCCACAAAAAUUCCUGGUCCCUUCGGUGGAAGCAAUCCGGGGUCGCUCGGAGCGGGCAGGGACGUCCCCGGGCUGGCUCACGCUGCCCAGGAGGGGCUCGGUUGCUUUAAGUGCAUUGUUUUCUGAAUGGUGAGAAAAGGCAGUUGUAAAUUGUAUUGGUCUACAGGGUAUAUUUUUGAUACCUUCGGUGAAUUAUGUCAAUAUUUUACGCAAGGAAGGACUUAAACAAAACACAGUAUUACAUGCUGUAAAAGAGGUUCUGUUCUUACAUGCAGGCUUUGAUGCAUUUGUCCAUUGUAUGGAAGGGUUUAAAAAAAAAAGGUAACAAUGAUCCAUCCAAGUUAUCUGGGAGUCAGGAGAAUGUAUGUACUUAGUUUAAAAAAAAAAAAAAAAAAAACAAACAAAAAUCUUGCCAUGGUUGCAGGGCCCCCCGUUACACACACCUUUGCUGGUUGUAGAUGUUGAUUCUCCAGAGCCCUCUGAGCUGGCCAGGGCAGGGGCAGAGUGGGCAGGAGGCCAGCGUGGCAGGGAGUUCACAGGAAACUUUAAAAAAAAAAAAAAAAAAGGAAAAAAGUUAAAAAAAAGUUUUUAUUGUAUUUUUGUGAUACACACGAAUGCUCUACUUUACAUUAUUUUUUUCAUUCCAUGAUGUUGGCUCAUAUCUGCAGUUACAUGGUUAAAGAACAAAAAUAUUAGACUUUUUUUCAUUCACUUUUGCUUUCUCGCUCUGGGGGGAAAACAAAUGGCAAAAAAAAAAAAAAAAAAAAAGAAGAAAAAAAAAAUAAAAUGUAUUAAAUGCUUUGCAUUCUAUACGCUAGAGGAGCCCCAGCCCCGCAGCCUCCGGCAGCCCCGCGGGCUCAGGCGCCCUCACCUCCCCCAAGGAACUUUCUUUUCCCCCUGCAACGUUCCCAGGUUGAUUCUGAUUUCAAAGCAAGAGAAUGAUGAUGAUGUUUGUUGUUUGUUUGGGGUUUGUUUUUGUUUUCGGGUUUUUUUUUUUUUCUGUUGGGUUUUAUUUUUUGUUUUGUUUUUUUACAAUGUACAGGUUUUUAAAUGUUCAUCGAUGUUUGUGUCUUUUCUGUUGUGCUUUUUUUUUUUUUUUUUUUUUUUUUUUUUUAAAGAAAAGAAUCCGAGACAAUGCACAAACGAUGUGGAAAGUCUUUGCGUUCCCAGGUUAUUGCUGCUGGUGUCUCCGUGGCUCUGAGCUGUACAAACUCACAGAGCUGAUGUCUGGGCAAAACGCUAUUAAAAUGUUUCAGAUUCUGCUGGGAAAAAAAAAAAAAAUAUCCAAAUCUGACCCAUCUUCAAAGCCGCCUCCUUAGCUGAUUCGGAAAAAAAACAGCGGAAAAACCCCACCCACAACAAAGAAUAAAGUUCCCACUUGGCACAGUA